UAAAGGGGGUUGACUAAGACUCAAAAUCAUAUAGUCGUAUACUCGUUUCAUCAUCAUCACCAUCAUCAACCAAUUACGUCAACGCGCUUAUUCUGAAAGCAACCUGCAACAUAUAAAUCAAUAAAAUCACAUAUUCACAAAACCAAAACCCUAACCUUCCAACAAUGAACAUGCUGGUCAACUGCUCCAAUUGCCGGACACCGCUGACUCUUCCACCAGGAGCCAAAUCAAUCAGAUGCGCUAUAUGUCAAGCAAUUACUCCGAUCGCUGAUCCAUCCUCUCCCAGGCCUCCUUAUUCCGGCCGUGAUCAGUCGUAUCCGACCGGUUAUACAGUGAUUAACGGUCCGGCUGCGACGCAUGUGACGCCACCGCCGCCGUACAGUUACGCUCCGGCGGGGAGUCCGCCGUCCGUACACGGCAGGAAGAAGGCGGUGAUUGUUGGUGUGUCGUAUAGGAAUACUAAUCAUGAACUGAAAGGUUGUAUUAAUGAUGCUAAGUAUAUGAAGCAUCUUUUGAUUACGAAAUUUCAGUUUCCGGAAGCUUCUAUUGUUAUGCUCACGGAGGAAGAAAAGGAUCCUAGCCUGAUCCCAACAGGUCGUAACAUGAGGAAUGCGUUAUAUUGGCUAAUCAAUGGAUGCCAAUCAGGUGACUCGCUUCUUUUUCACUUUUCGGGCCACGGUUCACGCCAGAGGAACCGCAACGGGGACGAGCUUGAUGGCUACGACGAAACCUUAUGCCCCUUGGAUUUUGAAACUGACGGCAUGAUCAUUGACGAUGAAAUCAAUGCUACCAUUGUGAGGCCUCUUCCGUAUGGGGUCAGACUCCAUGCCAUUAUUGAUUCUUGCCAUAGUGGAACUGUGCUAGACCUCCCAUUCCUUUGCAGAAUGAAUACUACUGGGCAUUAUGAAUGGGAGGAUCAUCGUCCUAAAUCAGGCAUAUGGAAGGGUAGCAGUGGAGGAGAAGUCAUUUCGAUUAGCGGAUGUGAUGACGAUCAAACAUCUGCUGAUACAUCGGCUUUAUCAAAAAUCACGUCAACAGGAGCAAUGACAUAUUGUUUUAUAGAAGCCAUAGAACAUGGAAACGCGUCUACAUAUGGAAGCUUGUUAAGUUCAAUGCGUAAUGCCAUUCGCACACCAAGAGGGACGUUUAGCGGUGGUAGUGGUUCUGUCUUUGAUGUGUUGGUGGGUGGUGGACGGAAUGGAAGUCGUGGAUUCAGUCAGGAACCACAAUUGACUUCAUGCGAGCCUUUCGAUAUGUAUACAAAGCCAUUUUCCUUGUGAUCCAAUUCAUAGGAUUUCCCGCUCUUCUCACAGUUUGCGAUAGUUGCUUGUAGAAUUCGGCUUUGAACAUAUUACUAUGAUGUGUAUUUGACUGUAUAGAGGUUAAGUGUCGACGUCUCACGCUUCCCAGACCCUUACGAGUGGGACAUUGCUGGGUAUGUUUGUUUGUUUAUUUGUUUGUUUGUAUUUGACUGUAUAUAGAUGGUGAUAUCUUGGAGAUAUAACAAGAUCCAAUAAUCGAAUCGUUUGUUGUUAUUAAGAUUAUGAAAUAAAAUGUAAGCUUAACGCAUAUUGUUAACAAAUGAUUUUGUCUAUGUAUUUCUGUUUCUAUGUGCAGGGACUUCUAUAGUUAUCUUCUGAGUGAGGCACUCCAUAGCGAGGACCGCUAUUAUGCAGUUAAAGGGCCACCUCGUUAUUGGCACAUUACAUAGAAGCUUCUUCUGAAGGUACAAUCUUGGAGUAUGCUUCUAGGCUAUGGCCAAUGGUUCCACGAUCAAAGAUAUGUUUUGUCGCCUUUAUGCAUGAAAUAAUGUCAUAUUUUUUGUAUUGUGAUCAUAACAAAUGUAUGUCACUAGGAUCCCCUCUCAGCAUGUGAGACCAAGUGGAAAUCUUUACUUUUGUUCGUGUAUCAUUGUAGUGUGAUUAGAUUUGGAAAAUAAAACUGAAGGGAUUUUAAGUUAAGCUAUAAUACAAUUUAAAA